GGAUAAAGAUAAAGUUUGUAUCAGUUUACAGCAAACCCCUUUCUCUAUGCGUUCAGUGAAUACGAUCAUCGAAACGACUGACCAGAUAAUCUCCGACGGGGUUAGAAGAGGAAUUCUUCAUUUAUAUACGGAUGACAAUAAGCUCACUGGAAACCAGAUCACCUUAAAGGGAAAAAAUGUUACCAAUUUUGGCUCCUGCAGCUACCUGGGGCUGGAGUUUGACCACCGCCUGGUAGAAAGUUCCAAAGCGGCAAUCGACAACUAUGGUACCCAGUUUUCCGAGUCAAGGGCCUAUGUAUCGGUGAAGUUAUACGCGGAGCUUGAAGAUUUGUUCAACAAAAUAUUCGAAGCAUCCUGUGUGAUCACGCCGACGACAACGCUGGGUCAUAUUGCUAAUAUUCCGGUAUUGAUGUCUACAGCUGAUGCCAUCAUCACUGAUCAGUUGGUACAUAACUCUGUGAAUACGGCCGUAAAAUUACUGGCGGGAGCGGGUACACAUAUAGAAGUCAUCCGGCACAAUCGUAUGGAUCUGCUGGAAGAAAGAAUAAAAGCAUUGCGGAACAAGCAUCGGAAGGUUUGGUACCUCGCUGAUGGCAUUUAUUCAAUGUUUGGUGAUACAGCCCCGAUGAAUGACCUGUAUCAAUUACUCGAUCAAUAUCCCUGUUUUCAUUUAUAUAUAGAUGAUGCUCAUGGUAUGAGCAUUCACGGCAAGAACGGCAGAGGGUUCGCUCUUGACAAGCGCAUGUUUCAUCCCAAAAUGGUAAUGGCUACUUCACUGGCAAAGGCAUUUGCUACAGGUGGUGCUGUCAUGGUUUAUCCGGACAAAGAACUGGCCAGGAAGGUGAGAACCUGCGGAGGUCCCUUGAUCACAUCGGGCCCUCUUCAGCCGGCCCAAUUGGGCGCGGCUGUCGCCGCUGCCCGCAUACAUCUCAGUGAUGAGAUAUACACGAUGCAGGAAGAAUUGAAAGACCGCAUUCUUUUUACCAACAUGAUGUUACGUAAAUAUCAACUGCCCGUAAUCGCUGAAAAUAAUGAAGCCGUAUUUUUUGUAGGCGUACACCUCCCCAAAGUCGGUUACAAUAUGGUUCGCCGUAUGCUCGAUGCCGGUUAUUACGUUAAUCUUGGCAUAUUUCCGGCCGUCCCUAUGAAAAACACCGGCAUCCGGUUUACCAUUACCAGGCUCCAUACAUUUCGUCAGAUCGAAGAAAUGAUCGCAACGAUGGCAUUGCAACUGGAACUGGCUUUGAAGGAAGAAGCUUACCCUACGGAAGAACAAAUAGACCACUGGUAUUCACUUUAUCAGAAUGUGAAGAACAAUAGUCUCGAUCUGAAUACUUUUACCUUACCGCGUCAGCUUUUUAAAUAUAUCGCCAUUGACCCAUCCUGGGAAGUGGUGUCAUUAAAACUCAAAUCCAACGAUAGCGAACACCCUGCAACGGCAGCCGUUGUAUUCUGUCACAAGUCAGGCGAGCAUUAUGCACCCAUGAUCAUUGGCCUCGAUUACAUUUGUAAUAAAGAAUACAAAGUCUACAGGCAGGCACUUUACCAACUGGUGAUGCGUGGCAAAGCGCUUGGCAAAAAAUCUAUCCGUCUAGGAUUUUCAGCCCAGGAAGAAAAGAAGAAAAGAAUGAAAUUGACAAGGGGCGAGUUCUGCCAGUUCAGCGUAUCCGCACGCUGUGAACUGCUAAAAGAAUUCGGUAAACGUGUGUUGAAAAGAAAUUUCGACACCAGACAGGUAACAGAAGAUAUUGCAAUUGACUUCAGGUGUGAUGAAACCAGGCUAAGGGCACAUAUCGCUUUGAAAAACGAUAGCCAGUAUAAUGUUACCGGCCUGGGCGAACUGUACCUGGCAGAUGGACAAUACACCAUACUGGAUGCUCCAAAUGUGUCGGGGAAUGGUGGAUGUCGGGUGAGGAUACGCCACGGUUACUUUUUAAAAAUCAUUCCUGGCUAUCACAACAGCAGAGAAGCAUUAUCGACAGUAUAUUG